AUUGAUGAACAGACGCCAUCCCUACAAAAAUCUGCUGAAGAAAAUGACCAAGCGAAAUCAUCGCAAAUAUCAAGCUCAAUUGAAGAAAAAUCGGUCGUUGAGGACAAAUCUGAAGCACAACAACAAAAACCAUCAUUAGAUAAUGUCAUAGAAAUCAGUCCAUCGUCGAAUGAAAGUAGAGUAAAAGAUGAUCAUUCUGUGAAAGAUAAAAUAGUUGUUACUGAGCCAUCUGCACAGUUACAAGUUCUAACUGACACUUAUCCAUGGUAUACUUCUUAUUCUCAAUUAAUACAAGCUGAAGACAAGCUCAGUCUUAUCUCUGAACAAUUGUCAAAAACUCUCGAUUCUAUUAGUCAGACAAAACAAAUAGUCGAAUUUGAACCGGAGCCUCAUGAACGAUUAUCUACACCAGAUUACGAUCGAAAUGUUUUACAUGAUACGUCAGCUACGUUGGAAAAAGUACACGAGUUGGCAGAAAUCAGUACUCAAAUAACGAAAGCUGCAUCUCCUCAACGAGACGAAAUACAAACACAACAGCAAGAGAAUAAUACUAAUAUAAGUGUGGUAGAAGAUCGCGCUGACGACUAUGCGCCUGUUACUCUUCGUCGUAAACGUACAAUGUCACCGACGGAAGAUGAUUUUCCACAAACAAAAUCAUCUGAGUAUCGAGAUGAAAAACCAGCAGCGUUGACAAGUGACAUUGAUUUGAAACCGGUCGCUACCAAUGAUCCUCAAACGUUAGCUUUAUCUGUUAGUGAAGUUACUCCACAAUCGCAAUCAUUAUCAUCCGAACAACCGUCGACUAUCACGACAAAAAGCAAAAAAAAUAAAAAGAAGCAGAAAAAAGAUAAAGAUAAAGCUUUUUCCGAUGCUUCACAAUCAGAAAUAUUGCAUAUAUCCGUAACCGAGAGUAAUACAAUACCAGCGUCAGCAUCACAACAGACGAGUUCUGAUAACGUUGUUUCAAUGCAAUCGUAUACACAGCAGCAAGGCGAACUUGAUGAAGUACCGAGUGAUAUUUCGUCGACUGUAAAAUCUGUCAAUCAAGAAAUCGACGAGUUUGAUGAACAAUUAAAGCCAGCACAAAAUGAAACCAGCAAAAUUGAGGUAGAUGUAUCAUCAACAAAUAAAACUAAUGAAACCAACGAAAACGAACAAUAUCAACAGCAGUCAAGCAUUCCUGAUUCUGAGACUGAACAAAGCUCUUUAAAAACCAUACAACAAACUGUUGUCACACCGUUCCUGGCAGUUGGCGAAACAAUACAAAAAAUGAUCUCUAAUGUCGCACCGUCAACGGAAAAGGAAGCACUUACAGAAGAAUCACAAUCUGCAGCACUAAUACAAGCCGAUGACCAUCAGACUGAUCAAGGAUCUGUUUUUUCAAAUUUGAAAGAUUCAUUCAAUUCAACUCUAUCUUCAAUAACUAGUUCCGCUUUCGAUAUUUUACAGUCAAAGAACAAUCAAGAGGAACCGCCGAAAGCUAAAAACAACGAAAAUGGUAUGCCAGUCGAUGAUAAACUAUCUUCAGAUGUAUCAUCAACAAAUAAAACUAAUGAAACCAGCGAAAACGAACAAUAUCAACAGCAGUCAAGCAUUCCUGAUUCUGAGACUGAACAAAGCUCUUUAAAAACCACGCAACAAACUGUUGUCACACCGUUCCCGGCAGUUGGCGAAAUAACACAAAAAAUGAUCUCUAACGUCGCACCGUCUACGGAAAAGGAAGCACUUACAGAAGAAUCACAAUCUGCAGCACUAAUACAAGCCGAUGACCAUCAGACUGAUCAAGGAUCUGUUUUUUCAAAUUUGAAAGAUUCAUUCAAUUCAACUCUAUUUUCAAUAACUAAUUCCGCUUUCGAUAUUUUACAGUCAAAGAACAAUCAAGAGGAACCGCCGAAAGCUAAAAACAACGAAAAUGAUAUGCCAAAACUUGAAGAACAGAAAAAAAUCAGUUCGGACAAAAAAUCAAAGAAAAACAAGAGACAAAAGAAAGAACAGAGAAUAGAUUUACCGUUAACAUCUAUCAUACUUCAAGACAAUCAAACCCUAUCCGAGGAUAAGUCACCUAUUCUACUAAAGGAAACGAAUAUUCCAUUAUCUCCUGGUGAAUCUAAAGAUCAAAUAGUAAAUGAGAAAGAUGCAUCAGUUACCAAUGAAAACUUACUAUCACAAUCAAAUAUCCACGAGAAAACUAUCGAAUUAUCUCAAAUCCCAGUACAUUACAAGACAUCGCUUGAAAAUGUGCAGGGAGUAUCCGAAACAGAACAAACCACCGUAGAACAUAAAAAUCAAACUUCUCUCGCUCUUGAUAACAAACAGUCUAAACUCAUUUUACCUGCCGUCGAACAAGAACUUGAUGAUAACGAGCAAAUACCACUUUUAUCAAAUCUCAAAAACCAGAUUUCAUCUACCAUUUCCACUACAGUCAGUUCGGUAAUACCAGCACAAGAUUCAAAAGAUGAAAUCAAAAAAGAAAGUGAUCAAGAAAAAGUUAGCCCAGUGAAAGAGAAAAAGCAUAAGAAGAAUAAAAAGCAGAAGAAAGAACCAGUCUCAGAACUGUCCACCGAUCAAUCAUUAAGUAAAGAAGAACUCAUACUCCCUCCCAAGGUCGAUGAGCAACAACUUGCUUCCCAAAAAGUAACAGAUACUAUAGUAUCACCAGUAUCGGCUGAUCCAGAAAAAACCAUGGACACACCAAUAUCAGCGAAUGAAACAGAAGUUAAAGUUCACCAACAUCCCGGCUUAAUUGAAAUUGAAAGCAAAACUGAUGGACAUAAUCACGGAGAUGAGAUGAUUACCACCACUAAUCAAAUUGAACUGCCAUCCUCGGAAAACCUAACAGAUGCUUCGCUUAAAAAGUCGAAAAAGAAGAGAAAAAAGAAAUCUGCAACCAAAAAAGGGUCAAACGUGGAAAGUAAUACAACACAAGAUUUAUCACAAAGUGACGAUGAACAAAAUGAUGAUAUUUCCAUAAGUAAGACAAAUAUAGAAACAGAUGAAACAAAAUCGAUUACGGCAAGUUCAAUUAGUCACGUAUCAACCACCCAGACAGUUAAACCACACUCUACUCAACCUACUGUACAAAGCACAACUUCAACGAUUUUGGAACAAUCACCUGACUAUAGUCCUAAAUCGACGACAACAGACGACUCAGAAUGGACGAUUCAGAGAAAAAAAUUAAAAGCACCAAAAAACAAAAAUGGCAUUCGUCCUGUUCCAUCACCAACGAACGUGUCUUCCAUCCACCAUAGUCCACCACAUAGACAGUUACCAGAAAAAGUCACUGAUAUGAAGAUUCGAAUCAACUCGAACGGUGAAUUGACAGUUAUGCCUACUGCCAAAACUCGAAUACCUAGUCAGUCCGAUUACCUGUCUGGUAUGGGUACAAUUGUCGAUAUGAGUAGUACAUCAUUAACUGACUCUCAAAACAAAGCGAAAUCGAGUGAUAUAAUAGAAAGUUCAUACAGUCAACAGAAAACCACCGAAUCCCGGCAGUCCGAUAACGUUAUACCUAUAACACGCAAAAACGAUGAAAUUCUUCAACAUGAAGAUCAAACAAUCGUAUUUGACACGUCCAUAAAACAAAAAUCACCGUCAUCUACGAUUACAGAAUCAUUACUACAACCUGUUAUUAUUCCUGAAGUACAAACAAGAUCUAUUAUAUCAUCUCAGAUAUUACCAGAAGAUACUUCUAAGUCCAUGUUAGAUACUCAGCAACAAGACGUAGCAGGGAAAAAGUCUACGAAAUCAAAAAAAAAGAAAAGGAAACAAGAAUUAGAGGAAACGCCCACCAAGCUACCAAAUUCAUUAGAAAAUUACAGUUCUACAUCACAAAACACAUCAAGUAUCGAUACACUUUCAAGUGAAUCGAAUAUCGUUCAAGAUAAUGCUUACAUGGCUACAGCUCCAAUAUCAUUUGUUCAACAGACGGACUUGCUCAAACAAGACAAAAAAGAUCUACUAAAUGAUGAUUUGGAAUUUGAAAGACAAACGGCUCGUAGUUCAAUAUCAAAUACUAUUCAACAGCCAACAAAUCUGGAAACACAGCUCAAUCAAGAACCGCCAAUAAAUACAACAACUUCUGAUGUCGAUAGCGAGAAAAAAGAGUUGAGAAAAUCAAUUGAACAAUUACUAACAGAUCAAACGACAUACAACAAUACUCCUCUUCACAAUCUAGUCGAAGAUGAUAAAUCCGCAUCUAAAUUAUCAAGUGAAACCGAUACAACGGGAGAAAAUGAUACCAGUUUGUUAUCGUAUAGAGAUGAUUUAGGACGUUUACGUAGAAAAAAGCCAAGAAAGCACACUUUAAGUUCAAGCAAGCAAGAUGACGACUUAUCCAUAGACUAUCAUCCAGUAGUAACGUCAUCGACAAAAAAUGAUGACGUAGAAUCUGAAACAAAUAUGAUUAGUUCACAUUGGGCCGAUGCUAUUACUGCUGCUGGAGAUCAAUCACCCGAUGAGACACAGAAGUUAAGUUAUCAUAGAAUCGAAAGUGACAACGGUGAAACAAAUAGUAAAUUCGAGUCUGUCUUACCUGAUUACAUGAAACGUCCACUUCCUGAUCGUUUUCGUCAAAAAACUGAACGUUUAUCGUCAUAUGAUCGCGAUACACCGUCACCACGCUCUUCUUCAUUGACGGACGAAAGAAAAUCAUUUGAACUCUAUUCAGAAACUAGUUAUCCUAAAAGUAGUUUAUUACCUGAACAUUCUCUAAAACAAGAAUUAGCUUUUAAACCUAGAAGAACUAUCGAUGUACCGUCACCAUUAUCAACCGGUUCGGAUACAUCAGAAAGUGAAACAAGAAAAAAUAUUCGACAACGUCGUAGCAGCGGUAAAGACGAUGAGAAACGCGAGACUGGUCAUUUACCACCACAACCGCCUAGGAAACGAAAACAACGGCCAAAAAUGUUGAAAAAAGAUGUUGAAGCGAAAACUUUGCUUACUCAUGAUUUCGAUGACAAUGAAACAGACGAAACCAGAAAGUUAAAAUUAUCUGAACAAGAGUCCACAGAUCUUACAUCGUCGAAUUUCGAGGAGUUUUCACCAUCGCCAUCAAUAAGAGAGAAACUAGUUAGCAAACUUAAUGAAUUAACAGCAAAUAUAUCCGAAUUCCUACCAAGUGCUGUAUCACAGUCCGAAGAGCAAAAGUUCGUCCCAGAAGAACAACCUAUUGAUAGCUCAAGAGACGAUCAAGUUCAAACAGAUUUCUCCGUUCAAAGUACAAAAGAUGAACCUCAAACAACCUCCACCGAACAAAACUCAUUACUUACGAAUUUGAAAAGUAAAAUGACAUCUUCUCUCUCGACUAUACUAAAUACAGUUAGUAAUAUUAUACCAUCCACUCAAAUUGAAGAAACUCCUCUAAUAACUGAAGAUCAGCAGCAAAAAGAGUCAUUAAUUUUGCAUGAUCAGUUAGAAGGUUUACGUUCUGAACUGCCGAAAUUUGACUUGAAUAGUAUAAGAAAUGCUGAAGAACAACUUCAUAAAACAGUCCCGCACUCGGACAAAAUUACUACGAAUGAAAAAGUCACUUUUGUCGAUAGUCAGAAAGCAGAACCAUUAAGAGAUACAACUAGUUCUGAAAGCAAAAAGAAGAGAGCAAGAAAAAGAUCAAAACACGAUAGCGGACAUGAUAAUUCCGGUGAGAUUGAACAAUAUUUUGCUGGUGUGAAGGUAGAAAUUGAUUUACCUACAGCUGCACUCGAAAACAUUCCUGAUCAGUCCGAUUUUCAUAUUGUUAAACCGAAACAUCGCCACCGUACAACAUCAGAACUGAGUACAUCGUUGAACAAACAACAAGAACAAGAAGAGUUUUUUGCUGAUAAUGAAGAAGACGAAGAUUUCAGCUUAAAACCAUUAACUAUUCAUGGUGACAGUAGUAUUAUUCAUUCACCAGAUCUUGAACAUUCACGUUCAUCUUUGUCGGCAGAAAUUGAAAGUGAGCAACAACAUCAGACAAAAAAGAAACGACAACGUAAACGAAAAAGUACAUCAGGUGAUGAUGUUGAAUUCAUUGCUGUAGUACCAUCUGUUUUACAUGGAGAAGAAAUUAAACAAGAUGAACAAGGAGAUUCGGGUGUUAUUAGCUCAAGUGCAAAAGACACAACAAGAUCGCAAGAUAGCACUAUUGACGCUCCCCAACAACCAGAUCUACUCGAAACUAUACGACAAACUGCCACAGCGCCUAUCAUGGCUAUUGGUAAAACAGUGAUGAGCGUGGUUUCAAGUAUAAGACCGGCUGAAGAUGUUUCUACAACUACUAUACAAGAGCCAACAACAGCUGACAAAACGAAUGAAGAUUCUACUAAUCAGCGCAGUGUAUUGGAAGAUGUUCGACAAAGAGUGGGUGAAACAAUGCACAACGUCGUUACUAGUAUUCAGUCAUCUUUUACUAGUACUCCAGCUGCCGACGAAAAAUUUGAAGUUCAUAGUGAUCAACAGUCAGAUGAAACAAAUGCACAGUCCACUAGUGCCGGGUUUGUUCAGACCGUUCGUGACACCGUCAAUUCUGUUACUGAUCAUAUUCGCGAUACAGCGCAUGAUGUUCAAAAUGCUGCUGAGAAAAGUCCGGAUAUGGUUGAUAAUCGUGGUCUACUAGAUAGAAUACAAGAUACAAUUUCAACGACAACAGAUCGUCUAAAUCAAGCAACAGAUCAAUUACUUGAAGAUACACAAAAACGGACAAAAUUAGAUGAAGACACCACCAAUAAAAAAGAAAAAGUUGACCUAUCUGAACAGUUAAAAUCAGUUUCUGGCUAUCAUUCAUUCUCAUCUAAGAAGGAUCAAUAUGAACCACUCGAUCAAACCUCGGCUACCAUUGAUGACGUACAACAUCAAGAUGUAAAGCAAGAAUCGGGUGAUGCUAUUUUAGCCAGAGGUUUUGGCAAGUGGUUGCAAGAGGGUAAAUCAAUACAAAGCGAAACAAAAAAACCCAGUACACAAAAAGCAAUGAGUAGUUUAACAUCAGCGAUGCAAAGUCUAAUAAUUAAACCGACAUCGUUCAGUGAUGGAGAAGAAACAGACAGCGAUCUAAGUACAUCCGAGUGGUUAUCGUAUAAACAAGGACCAUAUUAUAUUUCAGAGGAUAAGCGUGUCCAUGAAACAAGUGGAUAUGCCGUUAUCCAACCUGGUUCUUCGACCUGGUUUAACACUGCUAAUUCGAACAACGCUAAUCGACAAUAUCCAUCCGAUCGUGACGACAAAAAUAAACAACAAACACAAGAUAAAUCAAGCAGCAGCGAACAACACGAUCAAUCUCAACCACCAACAGUCGAUGACUCAGCCUCAAAUUUCAAAGAGAGAGACACUCAUUCAAAUAAUCUUAGUAAGAUGAGUGAUAAUAGUUCAGAACUAAAACUUCAAAGUUUAACGAACAGUUCAAUCUCUUCAUCGCUACCUUCUUCUAAAAUUUGGGACUCUACGAAAGACUUAAAUACAACAUUAACGGCAAGUAGUGCAACAACAGAAACGUCUUUUUCGUCCGACGAUGUUCAACAUUAUCUUGGUGAAGAGUUUUAUCUAGAAGCUAUCGAAAAUACAGAUAAAAAAUUACCAACAAGUUCCUUGAAUAGUCAAGGUAUACGUACUCAUACAUGGCCCGCAGAGCAUUCUAACAUUACUGAAAACAAUGAUCAUCAAUCGCCUAUUAACGAUACAAUAAACAAUAAUAGAAAACGAAUAACUAUCACAACAAAAACUAUAGAAGAUAAAGGAAAAGUUAUACAUCAACAAUCAGGUGAUAAUAGUAUAAAAUCUCUUUUGAGUGACAUUAUUUUACGUCCAUCAUCUGCCACAUCGUCUGCAUCUGCGAGUACAAGUAAGAACGAUGAUGACAUUGAUGAAUUUGAAAAUGUUAAUAACAACAAUAACAGUGCAAUCGAUACACAUGGUCUAAGUUUUGACGAAUGGGCCUAUUUUAUUGCUGAAAAAAACCGUCCGAUUUUCGUGACGGAUAUUCAUGGAGAUACAAAUCGAACAGAUAUGGAUUAUUCUUAUGCUCAAGUAAUCGAUGAUGAUACUUAUGUCGACAUUCCGGCACGUCAACAAGAAAUUCAACAACAAUCACCGUUGAUACCAUUAACUAAUAAUGGUUCUGAUUUAAUAGAUCAAUAUUCAAUUGAUAGCAACAGAUAUGGCGAUUUUGCUAUUAAUGAUGACAAUGAAAUAAUGCCCAUAACUCAAUUUCAUCCAUCGAUGGUUAAUAGUGUAGAAGAACAUCUAAAUGAUAUUUUACCAGUAGAAAAUAAUAUUUUGUCGAUCGAACUUAUUAACAAUAUCGAUGAAAGCACUACCGAUUCCUAUUCUAAUAGACGAAAACCAUCAGACACAUUAAAAUCAUUUCAGGUAUGGAGAAAAAAUCACCAAAAGAAAAAUAUUAAUGAUCAAGAUGAUGAAAUUUAUGUUAUUGAUGUUGAUGGCGUUCAUUUACGUCAGAGACCAUCACCACCAAUUAUUGAACAAACAGAUACUUAA